AUGGGAUCCGCCGCCUCCGCCGCCUCCGACGCAGCGCCGCCACCGCCUUCUCCAGCGCAACCACACGGGGCCCCGCCGCCGUAUGGGGCUGGGCUCGCCGGCAUCCUCCCUCAGAAGCCGGAUGGGGAUGAUAAGAAGGAGGAGAAGGUGGACUACCUCAACCUCCCCUGCCCCGUGCCGUACGAGGAGAUCCAGCGCGAGGCCCUCAUGUCUCUGAAGCCUGAACUUUUUGAAGGUUUGAGGUUUGACUUCACAAAGAUGUUAACCCAGAAGUUCGCUCUUAGCCAUAGUGUCCUUAUGGGCUCCCUGGAAGUUCCGUCUCAGUCAGCUGAUGUUAUAAAAGUCCCAACAUCACAGUAUGAAUUUGGUGCCAAUUUUUUAGAUCCAAAGUUAAUGCUUAUCGGAAGGUUGAUGACUGAUGGAAGGCUGAAUGCUCGUGUGAAAUUUGAUCUGACAGAGAAUCUCGCGCUGAAAAUAAAUGCGCAGCUUACUAGUGAGCCUCAUUACUCUCAAGGGAUGUUCAACUUUGACUACAAGGGCACCGACUAUCGAGCACAGUUUCAAAUUGGAAACAAUGCGUUCUAUGGGGCAAAUUAUAUCCAGAGUGUUACGCCAAAUUUGUCGAUGGGAACAGAGAUAUUCUGGCUUGGUCAGCAAAGGAAGUCAGGAAUUGGAUUUAAUUCUCGCUACAAUACAGAUAAGAUGGUGGGUACUCUACAGGUUGCUAGCACUGGUAUUGUUGCGUUAAGUUAUGUCCAGAAAGUUUCUGAAAAGGUGUCUCUUGCUACUGACUUUAUGUAUAACCACAUGUCCAGAGAUGUGACUUCCAGCGUUGGUUACGAUUAUAUCCUUAGGCAGUGUCGUCUAAGGGGCAAAGUUGACUCAAAUGGUGUCGUUGCUGCAUACUUGGAGGAGAGAUUGAACAUGGGUGUCAACUUUCUUCUGUCUGCAGAGAUUGACCAUCCGAAGAAGAACUACAAGUUUGGUUUUGGAAUGACUGUAGGAGAGUAG